AUGCUGCCACCACCGCUGGGGCUGAGAAGAAGGAGCAUGCACUUCUUGCAGACCUUCCUCCGAUGGAGGGCACUCCGAGAUGAUGGCCCUUACUCGAAGGGGAGCAAGGACUCGGGGGGGAUGGAUGCGGCCCUGGUGUCCAGAAGGCAAAGCAUCCCAGAGGAGUUCCGAGGGGUCACCAUUGUAGAGCUGAUCAAGAAGGAAGGAAGCACCCUCGGAUUAACCAUUUCGGGUGGCACAGACAAAGAUGGAAAGCCCAGAGUCUCCAACCUGAGGCCAGGAGGACUGGCAGCAAGAAGUGACCAGUUGAACGUUGGGGAUUACAUCAAGUCGGUGAAUGGCAUUAACCUCACCAAGCUGCGGCACGACGAGAUCAUCAGCCUGCUGAAAAACGUGGGCGAAAGGGUAGUGCUAGAAGUAGAGUACGAGCUUCCACCAGCCGUGCCGGAGAGCAGCGCGGGCAUUAUUCCCAAGACCAUCGAGGUGUCCCUGUACAAGGAAGGCAACAGCUUUGGCUUUGUGCUGCGAGGGGGAGCUCAUGAAGACUGGCACAAGUCGCGACCGCUGGUUCUCACCUACGUGAGGCCAGGGGGCCCAGCAGACAGGGAAGGGUCCUUGAAAAUUGGGGACAGACUGCUGAGUGUUGAUGGGAUUCCCUUGCACAGCGCAACUCACGCUGAUGCCCUCAACAUCCUGCGGCAGUGCAGCCAGGAGGCCCUUUUCCAGAUUGAGUACGAUGUGACCAUCAUGGAUACUGUAGCAAAUGCUUCAGGUCCUUUGCUAGUGGAGAUAGCGAAGACCCCGGGCUCGACGUUGGGAAUCACGCUGACGACAACCACUCAUCGGAACAAGCAGGUCAUUGUCAUCGACAAGAUCAAACCGGCCAGCGUGGUGGACAGAUGUGGCGCGUUGCAUGUUGGUGACCAUAUUCUCUCCAUUGAUGGCACAAGCACAGAGCACUGCUCCUUAUUAGAGGCAACGCAGCUUUUAGCUGCCACUUCAGAAAAUGUCAAGCUGGAGAUACUACCUGUUCACCAAAGCAGGCUGCCCUUGAAGCCUCCAGAAACAGUCAAAGUGCAGAAGAGCGACCAUCACCAUUGCUGGGACCCCUGUGUCAACUACUGUCACACCCACCACCCCGGCCACUGCAAGACGCCCACUUGGAACCAGCCAGCCAGCCAGGAUUACUGCAAAUCCCUGGUUGCUGCCAACUUCUCGUCUCCCACCAUGAACGCGCAAGGCUUCCCCUGCCAAAACUCCAACACGCUACCUCGCAGCUCGCACCCCAUGAGCCCCCGCACCACCAUGCUGAGGAGGAGACAGAAGAAGAAGGAGCACAAGAGCUCGUUGUCGCUGGCUUCUAGCACAGUGGGUCCUGGCGGGCAGAUUGUCCACACGGAAACGACAGAGGUGGUUCUCAGGGGAGACCCUUUGAAUGGCUUUGGACUUCAGCUCCAGGGAGGCAUCUUUGCUACUGAAACCCUGUCUUCCCCACCCCUCGUCCGUUUUAUUGAGCCCGACAGCCCGGCAGAGAGAUGUGGGCUACUACAAGUAGGAGAUAGAGUCCUUUCUAUCAACGGCAUCGCAACUGAAGAUGGGACCAUGGAGGAAGCCAACCAGCUUUUGCGUGAUGCUGCACUCACUAACAAAGUGGUGCUUGAAAUUGAAUUUGAUGUUGCAGAGUCCGUCAUACCCAGCAGUGGUACUUUCCACGUUAAAUUGCCCAAGAAAAGAGGUGUGGAGCUUGGAAUUACAAUCAGCUCAGCAAGCAGAAAGCCAGGGGAGCCUUUGAUUAUCUCUGACAUUAAGAAGGGCAGCGUCGCACAUAGAACUGGCACACUGGAGCCGGGAGACAAGCUGUUAGCCAUUGAUAACGUCCGACUCGACAAUUGCUCCAUGGAGGAUGCUGUGCAGAUUUUAAGGCAGUGUGAAGACCUGGUCAAAUUGAAGAUUAGGAAGGAUGAAGAUAACUCCGAUGAGCAGGAAACGACCGGUGCCAUUAUCUACACGGUGGAGCUGAAGCGGUAUGGUGGUCCCUUAGGAAUAACCAUCUCUGGGACAGAGGAGCCUUUCGAUCCCAUCGUCAUUUCGGGAUUGACCAAGCGUGGGCUGGCAGAAAGAACUGGAGCCAUCCAUGUCGGUGACCGGAUAUUAGCUAUUAAUAACGUGAGCCUCAAGGGCAAGCCGCUGAGCGAAGCAAUUCACCUACUGCAAAUGGCAGGAGAGACAGUGACGCUGAAGAUCAAGAAACAGACUGAAAAGCCCUAUCCCAAGAAAUCCGGGAGUAUAAAUGAAGUGAGUGACCCAGAAGAUGAACUAGCAGACUCCCAGAAAACUAGCAAGCUGUCUGAGAUUUACUCUACCACAAUUCCUAGUGUGGACAGUGCUAUGGAGUCCUGGGAUGGCUCCGGCCUUGAUGCCAGCUAUGGAAGCCAAGGUACAUACGUACCUCAGGCUGCUGGAAUAGCCCUUCAUCCACAUGAGUGGAGACACAGCAGGCAGAAGAACAGCACCCCUCCAGGGGAUCCCAGGAAAAGUUAUCCCUACAUGGAUGGCAGUUUCAAUGAAGAUGACUGGGACAAGCCCACCAGAUACCCCAACCGCCAAAACGGCCUUGAGACCACUCACGAGGAUAGUUUUUGGCGUGUUUUUGGAGAAGCUUUGGAGGAUUUGGAAACAUGCGGCCAGUCUGAACUUUUGAGGGAGAUUGAGGCGUCCAUCAUGACGGGGAGCGUGCACAACCUGGGCCUGGAGGGCAGCAAGCUGCUCAUGGACUCUGUCAGCCAGGCGGGACUGAGCCCACUGAGGAAAGCAAACUCCAGCUGUGAUGAAGGACAGAAUGAGAGCAGCGGCUCCCCUGCCAAAAAGAACGAGAGGAAUCUGGACAUGAAGAAGAUUGAGAAGGAGAUGCAGGAAAUCAUGGCCCCUACCCCUCUCGAGUUUCACAAGAUGACGCUCCACAAAGACCCAGAGAGUGAAGACUUUGGAUUCAGUGUGUCGGAUGGCCUGUUAGAAAAAGGUGUCUAUGUAAAUAUGGUCCGUCCGGAUGGACCGGCAGAUCAGUGUGGCCUCAAGCCAUAUGACAGAGUCCUUCAGGUAAAUCGCGUCCGCACCAGAGACCUGGACUGCUGCCUGGCCGUGCCGCUCAUUUCCGAGGCUGGAGAUAAGCUGGACCUGGUGAUCAGCCGCAACCCGCUGGCGCGGGCGGCGCCCGCCGAGGCCAAGGCGAGCGCGCAGACGCUGUGA